ACACUGAUAAAUAUUUUUUCUUUUUUGGGCUUCAGAGACACUGAUAACUUGCAGCCCGCAACGGUGCCCUAACAUUUGAGAAAAACAGGUAGUCAAUUCCCCGCUACUUUGGAGUCCGGAGGGAAGCCAGGAGUAUUUUUGGACAUGGCGGUUGUUGUUUCACAGGGGCCAGUCUCGGCCUCGUCGCUGCUCUGCAACUGCCAUCGAAUACUCAACGUCAUUUCCUUACCAACAUAUUCGCUUCAAAAUCCUUGUUUGUUUGAUUCCACCAAACCUCAGGCAUUAGCCACUCGAAAACAGAGGACAAGCUGUUUAUCUUCUCGCAGAACUCUAUAUCAUCUUCAAGCGAGUCCUCAACGAGGUCGAUUGCUCACUGUUUCCAAUGGAUUAGGGGAAGAUUCAGAUGAGAAGAUAGUAGAAGACGAUGAUGUGAAGGAUUUAGGGGUUAAAGCUGCAUUGGUCAUGCUGAAGUUCUACAAGAUGGGUCUGAAACCCAAACUUGGUUUUCAAGCAGGGGAGAUCUCGCCACUAUUACCCAAUAGUUGUCGAUACGUGCCCACUUGCAGUGAGUACUCCAUGGAAGCAUACAAGAGAUAUGGAGUUAUAAAGGGAACAAUCUUGACAGCUUGGCGUCUCUGUCGUUGCAACCCCCUUGGUGGGUCAGGAUUUGAUCCUCCACGAUGGUUUGAUGAGAGAAACUCGACAGAAGGGUGAGACUUCACCAAUGUCAUAACUGCCAAGAUUUGUAGGGUGAAGAUGAUCAGUUAAUUAGGGGUCAUUGCUUGGUGUAAUGGUAAAAUCUUGGGCUGACAGGCGUGAGAAUGUGAGUUAAAGCCUGAGAACAGUAACUUUGUUCAAAAAAAGGUCAAAGGUUAGGACUGUAUCCGGUUUAUCCCUUCCAGUACUCCAGAUAGCUUGACCAACAAUUCGGUGAUGACCUUUUCUUAAGAUUAUCUGUUAAUGCAGAAAAGGAGAUGCUAUGAACUAUCAUUGAUUGAUAGUUUUGAGAUUCUUUCACAUCAUUAUUGUACCAAUAUGUUUGUCCAAUUCGAGCCAUGUGGAGCUCUGCAAACAGUUGGCAUUUCACCCCUUUUUGCAUAGAUAAUUCCAUACAUCCUUUAUACCCUUCAGAUUUAAAUGCCUUCUCCAAAUUUAUGAUUGAAGACAAGCCUUUCAGCUUAGCUGAUAUGUGAUCAAUUACUAGAGUAUAAAGAUGUGGGGUAUUUAAGCCUCA